AUACUAUCCCCGAAAAUGGCACUUGCCAGGAGCGCCAAAGAAGACCCAGUACCAGAAGAUAUCAAGGCUGAUAUCAUUAAAGGCCUCUGGCAGUGGAACACUACCCCAACGUCGCUAAUGGAUAUCAGGAAAUGGGAUGUAUACUUCCAAUACUAUACCGCCGAGUGCCAAAAGGCGAUAGGAUAUGGUCGUGGAGAGUACACAACCGUUAGGAAGCAUAAGGACAUCACGGUAAUCGCUAAAAAACUCGAGGACGGUUACACUAAGGAAAAAAUCAAACAAUCACUUCUUCCACUGGACACGCAGCAGAGGCCCACAGAUGUUAGGGUUCGUAUGGCAGAGGGUUCCGCAAGGCUUGUUGCUCGCUUAAUCUCAAUGGUCGACAUUGGUCCGCUUCCAUAUGGCAUUCAAGGUCGUGCUCCUAUUCCAUGGGACAACGAAGAUUGGGACUUGAGAACCUUGCUGGGGCAGUACUUCGAAGAAAGCUCUACUGACCCGGAAGGGAUCAAGUUCGAGGAAGAAUUCACCGCAUUCAACCUUCGACGAUUCUCUGGGCUUAGAAUUCAAUGGUCAAAUAAUCUUGCCAACCACUUGCGACUAAUGGACAAUGACACAACACUCUGCAUCUUCCACCAUGUAGCAUUUCUCAGAUAUCAGAACAGCACCAUCUUUCCCGACGGCCUCGCGAAAGAGACUCUCCAAACUCUGGCCCUCCUCUUCCCUCGAUACAACAAGAGUACACGAAGGUGGUUGCUCUCCGAAAGGUCGUCUUCCAGAGACACGAUUUACCUAGAUCAGGAGUUGCUAAACUGCGAACGCCUCAUGCCUGAAGAACGCUGCGCCGAGAAGUUCAAGUUUUGGCGCGAUGAACUUAUUACUUUGAAAGAGAAAUUUGAAAAGCCACGCUCUACCUCGAUUGUCCAGUUUUGGUAUGAUCGGAGGAACAAAGUCCAAUGGUAUACGUUCUGGGUUGCUGUCUUAGUACUUUGUCUGACUAUAUUCUUCGGACUGGUCCAAAGCAUCGAGGGCGCUUUGCAGGUGUACAAGGCAUAUCACCCCAAUUCAAAAUGA